CGCGUUUUAACCACAAAGUGAUCAUCCUCAGAGAGUCUACAUAUGACCAAAAAUCUAGUUGAUUGGGACUGGUGGAAACACGCCUCUUUCUACCACAUCUACGUCAAGUCUUUUAAAGACAGUAACAAUGACGGAAUCGGCGAUAUUCGAGGAAUUGUCGAAAAACUGGACCAUUUUUCAGAAUCUGGAGUUGAUGCAAUUUUUUUAUCUCCAAUUUUUGCGUCUCCUCAAAUCGAUCAGGGUUACGACAUUAGUGAUUUUUGCGAUGUUGACCCAAUUUAUGGUUCAUUAAACGAUUUGGAGGAAUUAAUUCACAAAAGUCAUGACAGGGAAAUUAAACUUCUUUUAGAUUUUGUACCAAACCAUACAAGUGAUCAACAUCAAUGGUUUAUUGAUUCUGUAAAUGGUAUUGAGGAUUAUAAGGAUUAUUAUGUUUGGGCUGAUCCUCAAUUUGAUGAACAAGGAAACAGAAAACCACCAAACAAUUGGCUUAGUGUCUUUGAUAAUUCAGCUUGGGAAUGGAAUGACAAGCGUCAACAGUACUAUUUCCAUCAGUUUGAUGUCACACAACCUGAUCUCAAUUUCUACAACCCUAAAGUAGUCAAAGAGAUGAAAGACAUUUUAUUAUUUUGGCUUGAUUUUGGCGUAGACGGGUUUAGGGUCGAUGCAAUUCCUUACAUUUUUGAACACCAAGAUCUUCUCGAUGAACCUAAGUCACAUUUUCCAAAUUGCGACCCAACCAAUUUUGACUACCUUCAACACAUUUACACUAAAGACCAGAAAGAAACCUACGAUCUUAUGCACGAAUGGCGAAAACUCAUCGAUGACUAUAGUCAAAAACACGGUGGUAAUGCUAGAAUCCUAAUGACUGAAGCUUACACCACCCUUCAUAACACAAUGCUUUAUUUCGGUACUCCAGAUGGGAGCAAACUUGGGGCUCACUUCACAUUUAAUUUUAAUCUGGUUGGUGACGUACAACGAUGGGCUUCAGCUUACGAUAUUGUUGAAUCUAUCAAUAAGUGGCUUAGAGAAAUUCCAGAAAUAUAUGCUUCGAGUUGGGUUUUAAGCAAUCAUGAUAAUCACAGAGUGGCCACACGAUGUGGCUCUAAAAACGUCGAUGGUUUCAAUAUGUUGAAAGCCAUACUUCCAGGCAUAGAUGUAACUUAUUAUGGAGAGGAAAUUGGGCAAGAAAAUGGUGAAAUUUUAUUUGAAGAAAAUCAGGAUAUUAAAGCUAAAACGUGGGAUUUGUUUCAAAGAUUGGGUCGGGAUUUUGAAAGAACUCCUUUUCAUUGGGAUGAUUCUAAUAAUGCCGGGUUUAAUGAUGGGGCUAAGCCCUGGUUGCCUGUCAGUAAAAAGUACAAAGAAACUAAUUUAAAGAAACAAAAAGAGAGUGAAGGCUUAAGUCAUUAUAAAAUUUUUCAAGCUUUGAAUAAAAUUAGAAAAGAUCCGGUAUUAAUUUCGGGAAACGUGUUGAUUAAAGCUCUUAAUGAACAUACAAUUUUUGUAAAACGGAGCUACAAUUGUGCAUCAGUUAUCCUUAUUUUCAAUAAAAGUGAAUACGAAGUAUUUGUAAAUGUGGAUGAGGACAUUUCGACCAAAAAUUGUAUUGAAUUGAAAAGUGUUGACUCUUCUCGAGAAUUAAAGAGUGCCAUAAAUCCUUCUGCAAUACAAUUAGAACCUCAUGAAGCCUUGCUUGUUUUCUGCUGAGCACUACUUUUUUUUUCAAUUUUUUUUCUUGUAUUUAGUGUGUGU